AUGGCUUCUGUGCUUUAUGCCAUGGAAGUGGCCUGGGUGUGUGCCCGGCCCAGCAAUAUACGUUGCUUUGUGCCCACCACUCAAGGCUUGAUCAGAAGGCUGGAGAACGCCGUGGCCUGUGCUAUCUUUGGCUUCCUCACUAACACUGAAUUGUACAAGGACCAGCCGGCCCUGAUUUGGUGUGUGGUCGUGUACUCGAUCUGUUUCAUCCUGGGGACCGUGGGCUACUUUGUCAAUGGGUGUGACUACGACAGAAGGCUGCCCACCCUCUACCCUGGUUUCCUGGUGGGGCAGACCGUGCUCUCCAGCCUCCUCUAUACCACCGCUGUUGUCCUCUGGCCGCUCUACCAGUUUGACGAGAAUUUUGGGGGCCAGCCUCAAAGGUCCAAUGAUAUGACUUGCGACGCUGAACUUCCCCCCACACUUUGUGUCUGGGACCAACGAUUGGCUGUCGCCAUUCUGACAGCCAUGAACUUGCUGGGCUGA